CACACAUCCAUGCACCAGGGCAUCAAAACAUUACAUAGAGACUAGUGCCUCGGCUUUAUGAGUGACAUUGUUUUCACUUUACUUGCAGUCAUUUUUCACAUCAUUACCCUCUAAACCAAGUCCAAAUCGUAAAUGUAAUUGGUUGAAUUUGGUCGUUCCGUAGCUAAACUAAUUCUCAAACCAGAUCCGUCCCUUUUCUUUUGCAUUAUUGAAUGCUAAUAUUAGCUAACGUUAGCUAACUGAGUCAUACAGUCUGUAUUCAUAACUGUUAACAAAACACGGUAACAGUAGCCUUUGCAACAAAGACACCGUUAGUGAGUAGAAGCCUGGCACAAUGGCAUUAUCGGAGACAGAGAAUGAAUGUCCCGGUGGUGAAGGAGGAGAGUCCAUUGUUCAAACGUGCGUGUUGGGGGGCUUCGGUGAGAGCUGCGAGACCAGAGCUCUCCUCUCCAGCCUGCCGGAGGUUCACGGGAGCACGAUGACAAGCGAGUCCGCCACACAGAGGUUCUUAGUGAUAAUGAACAGAUAUCAAGAGCAGCCUCAUCUACUGGACCCACACUUAGAAUGGAUGCUGAACAUAAUACUGGAGUUUGUGAGGAGUGAGAAGUCUCCCCCUUCAUUGGUUCAUUUGAGCUUUAAGUUUCUCUACAUCAUCUGUAAGGUCAGAGGUUAUAAAAUCUUCAUGCAGCUUCUUCCCCAUGAGGUUGCAGAUGUCCAGCCAGUUCUCGACCUGCUGUCCAGGCAGGAUCCCAAAGACUCAGAGACUUGGGAAACUCGCUACAUGUUGUUGUUGUGGCUGUCCAUGACCUGCCUUAUACCCUUUGACCUUUAUCGUCUGGAUGGUCAUCUGGAGUCAGAUAGUGGCAAGGCCAGAGAGCCCACCAUGGACCGUAUUUUAGCCAUUGCAAAGUCUUAUCUCCUCGUCUGUGAUAGUCCGAGGGAUGCGGCAUCUGUACUGGUAUCAAAGUUCAUGACACGCCCUGAUGUGAAACAGAAGCGUCUCGGAGACUUUUUGGACUGGAGCCUGACCACCAUAUCCCAGACCAAUGACCAGUCAGUGAGAGACAUUAUGGUGCUGGAUGGUGCCCUGCAGUCUCUGGCAAAGCUUUUCAAACAUGGAAAAAGAGAUGACCUCCUACAGUAUGCGCCUACAAUCCUGCAAUGUCUGGAGCAGAAGAAUCUUUCAGAGAGCAGCCAGGCCAUGCUGAGGAAGCUUGGUGUCAAACUAAUCCAGAGACUUGGCCUCACCUUUCUGAAGCCACGUUUGGCCACUUGGAGGUACCAGAGAGGCAGCCGCUCCCUGGCAGCAAACCUUUCCAUGUCCCAAUCUACCACAGUUGCCGUGACUCCUGAAGUGGAGACGCACAAAUUGGAGGAGGACUAUGACAUUCCUGAGGAACUGGAGACUGUUAUCGAGCAUCUGCUGGUGGGACUGAAAGAUAAGGAAACAAUUGUGCGCUGGUCCGCAGCAAAGGGCAUUGGGAGGGUGACAGGAAGGCUUCCCAAGGAGCUGGCAGAUGAGGUGGUUGGAUCAGUGCUGGACUGCUUCAGCUUCCAGGAAACAGACAACGCUUGGCAUGGAGGUUGCCUGGCACUGGCAGAACUUGGAAGAAGAGGCCUGCUGCUCCCUUCACGGUUGACAGAUGUUGUGCCUCUCAUUGUCAAAUCCCUGACCUACGAUGAAAAGAGGGGAGCGUGCAGUGUUGGUUCCAAUGUGCGUGACUCUGCCUGCUACGUGUGCUGGUCUUUCGCCAGAGCUUAUGAACCUGAAGAGCUCGAGCCUUUUGUCACUCAGAUUGCCAGUGCUUUGCUGAUCACAGCUGUGUUCGACCGAAAUGUAAACUGCCGCAGAGCCGCCUCAGCUGCCUUCCAGGAGAAUGUUGGUAGACAGGGGACAUUUCCUCACGGUAUUGACAUUGUGACUGCAGCAGACUACUAUGCCGUUGGAAAUAUUAAUAACUGCUAUCUGAACAUCAGUGUCUAUAUAGCUAGUUUCCCAGAGUACACCAAGGCCAUGAUUGAUCAUUUGAUAGCUAUGAAGAUCAACCACUGGGAUAGUGUGAUCCGGGAGCUUUCUACUAAAGCACUCCACAAUCUGACGCCUAAAGCACCUAAAUAUAUGGCAACAACGGUUUUGCCACAGAUUUUGCCCAUGGCAGUGGGCAUUGACCUCCACAGUCGCCAUGGAGCCAUCAUGGCAUGUUCAGAGAUCACACACGCUCUCUACAAACUGGGCGUUCAGACUAACAGGACUGUGGUGGACGUAAUUUCCUCAGAAUGUGUGGAUGCAUUAAAAAACAUUCACCAAACGCUACAUGACAGAAAACAAUACAGGGGUUUUGGUGGAGAGCUAAUGAGGCCAGCUAUGUGCGGUCUUAUUGAAAAGCUGUCCCGCUCCAAAAUGCCAUUCAAGAACGAAACUGUAAUCACUGGCUGGCAGUCGCUUAUUGACGACACCAUAAAGAAUCUGCAUCUCGUUUCGAGUGGUGUGAAGGAUUGCAUUAUGGUUGCCGUGGUAGCGGCCUUGUCCGCCUUGUGUGAGGAGUACUACCAGGACGAGCCAGGCCAGGCAGACUCAGCAAUGCAGGAUGUCCUGUUAUCUCAGUACAUUGAAGGGCUGAAGAGUCCACAGAUGCUGACUCGCUGUGGAUCUGCCCUUGCCCUCGGCUCUCUGCCAAGAUUUAUGAUCCAGAGCAAAUUGAAUCAGAUCCUUAAAGGCCUCCAGCAGAUGUGCACUGUCAGCCAGAAGGAUGGGAAUUUUACAGAGGCGAGGAGAGAUGCAGUCAAAGCAAUUGCUCAAGUGUGUGUGAAGGCUGGUGUUUGUGCCCAUGGCUCCCCAGACUCUGCCCUAUGCUCGGAAAAUGUGGCAGAGGUGUAUGACGCUCUGCUCAACAGCAUGAAUGACUACACAACAGACAGCCGAGGGGACGUUGGUGCUUGGGUGAGAGAGGCAGCGAUGACUAGUCUGAUGGAAGUGACUAAGCUGGUUGCCAGCAAUGCUCCGGAGAUCCUUUUGCCAGACCUAGUGAAGUGCAUGAUGUGCUGCCUGGCCCAGCAGUCAGCAGAAAAGAUUGACCACUACAGAGCCCACGCUGGCAGCGUCUUCUUGCAGCUCCUUCAUAGCACAGAUCCUGCAGUACCUCACAUCCCCCACCAAGAGGAGUUGUUGAGCAUAUUCCCUGUUGAGACCACAACCAGUCUUAACUGGAAUGCUCCAUCCCAAGCUUUCCAGUAUAUCACCCAGCUGCUUGGACUGCCCCAGUAUCAGUACCACACCCUGCUGGGCCUCACUGUGUCUGUGGGAGGGAUAACCGAGUCCACAGUGCAUUUUUCUUCUCAGUCGUUGUUUGACUAUCUGAGAGGGAUCCAGGACAACAAUGCUGCUCUGACACAGUUUGGAGAUGCGUUGCUGAGUAUCUUCAGAGACAAUCUCCGCAAUGACAGGGUGUCUAUUCCUUUUCUUAAGAUGCUCGAUCAGAUUCUUGCUAACAGCUGCUUUGAAAUCUUUACCACACAAGAGAACCAUCAGUUCUGUGUAGACCUGUUGGCCCUUUGCAAAGAAUGCAAGAAGACUAAAGAUAUCGCCAAGCUACGCGCCUGUGUAACUGUCUUCUGUGGGUUGAUCCAGUUCCAGGGUGAGGUGAGGAAGAACGUUUUGUCCCAGCUGCUGAUGCUACUUUGCCAUUCCUACCCUGUGAUCAGAAAGACAACAGCCAGCCAGAUGUACGAGAUGCUGCUGACCUACGAUGAUGUCAUAAAUCCGGAAAUGUUGGAUGAUGUCAUGACCGUGCUAAGUGAUACUAAUUGGGAGAGUGACCUUGCCACAGUACGGACCCACAGGAAUCAGCUUUGUGAUUGGUUGGGAGUCCCCAGACCACAGGUGGUUACCAAGCAGAGAAGUGUCCAGGUUUCCUGAUCACUUGUGGCUGUGAGCACCAGCUAUAGGUGGACAACGUCCUGUAAGAAUUUACGAUGAACAGAACCAUCAAAUCAGUCUUUUCCCCGUUUUGCUAAUAUUACUACAAAAUUCUUGUGCACCAAAAAACGUGCAACUAAAGAAAAACAGCACACAGGUGACACACUUUGUUUUGUUAUUACAACUUCCAAACCCAAAGCACACCUGUAUAAAGCUUUCAUUGUAGCUUUCUGUGCAUGACACCUUUUUCACAUGUCCCAUUCAGGUCACAGUCUAGUGAGACUUUGGAAAUGGUUUCAAUAGAGUUGUUUACUUGUAACCUGUACCUGGAACAACACUAAUGGGUGAAACCAAAACUGUAGUUUGCGUAGACUCCAGGGAAAUGGUUGCCAUUUAGCUGUUCUGGCACAAACUGUGGAAUGUCACUGGGGCCCUACUUCCCCUUGGGUCCCAUGAAGACCUACUUUUUCUGCAUCGGUGGAGGUGCCAGUGACUGCAGGAGUCCCAUGCCUGAUAGUGGAGCCUCCCUUGUUCCCUGUGAAACAGAGCCUGUUGUCACAUUGGUCCAGGCUUUCUCCUUAGAGUCUGAUAGUGGCCACAUUGUCUCAGCAAGUUUCCCUUUCUCACACUAACAAAGAUACAAAUGUUGCAUUAUUUUUGAAUUAGGUGGUCACUGAUUGUUAAUCCUACAUUGCAGAAACUCCCCAGGCUAGUAAUCACUAUAUUGCAUUAAAUCUUUCUGUAAUAUGAUUAAUGUAACUAGGUUUAUCCCAUAGAAACCAGUGUGUAUUUGGACUCUCAUAAAACUGGGUUGAACAUUGUUGCUAUGUAAAUCCCAUUUAUUUGGCUUACUGCAGUUCUAGUAAUUGUGUGUGUGCUGCCAGCUAACUUGUGCUUUUACUUAAAAAUGUUAAUCCCCUUUUUUUAAAUGUAUCACAUAAUUGGAUUACUAUCAGUAUGAAAAAUCUGCACCAUAACACAAAAACAUGCCAGUAUAGAAAAACUGCUCAUUUAUGUAUGUGUCUGAUCAAUACAAUUAAAUCUUAACAUGAUGUUCUUGUAUGAACAGAAUCAGGAAAAGUGAUGCUAACUUUAAGGAAAUUUCAAUUUAAAGCCACACUUAAAUUGAAUAGAACUUUGCUUUGUUUUAGCUGUCACCAAUACUCCCACAGUAUGUUCACACCAGAGCGACGAAGCAAAUAUUUGUGUAGCUUUAACCGUUUGAUUGAAGGAUUUGUAUCUUUGUGUCUGUGCAAUGACUUUGUGUGAAAUUGCACCACCGAAUUUGGGGGAAAA